AGGCAUAAGUAGCACAUUGCUUUCUAGGCUGGCACAGGGGAAUACUUUUAGAAAGAAGGUGUCUCACAUAACCAGAUUGCUUCUCAAUUGUUUCUAAGGAAAUAUUUGUGGUGGGAUCACAAGAAUAAGACUGACAAGGAGUAUGUGAUGAUGUAUUUUGUUGGACCAACUUCUGUUGGUGAGACAGGCAAGCUUUUGAACUUACACAGCAGAAAUUAAAGCAGAAAGAUUCUAUUACAACUUUAGAAGGAUGUAAUGUACUAAAGUGUCAGUAUUUUAAAAAAGAAUGAAUGAAAUUAAAUGAUAUUGCCUAUAACUGCCUGUGAAAUUAACAGAGAACAAAAGAAAUUAACAAUUGAUGGAAACUGCUGUGUAUGUGACAAACUUUUGUGUCUCUUGUUAUACCAGAAUCUCACAGAAACACCUGCAGGCCACUGUAUUAUUUAUAUACCAGCUGCUUGCCUUGCUUAAAACUGUUCCAUAUCUUGUACAGGCUUGCUUUUAUGGUACUUUUAAAAGUAAGACUCCUGUUGAUGACUUGGAGCUUUGUAUUGCUAACCGAUCACUGCUUGCUCUCUCCCUUCUUUGGAUUUUUAAUUCAAUUCAGUUGUGCAGCCUGGAAAUACUAGGGGUCACAUAGGCUUGUUUUAUGUGCGUGAUAUCUUACGUCCAAUGGGAGUACGUGUGUAACGAGAACAGGAUUCAGCCUUGGAAGGGUAAGUUAGGCAUUUCUCUUAGCCAGAACAGUUAUGUAACAUUAGCUAAGCAGUGCAGCAUUUUGGUGGCAAUGAGGGAGCGGCUUCUGGAGUAUGAUAAUAAUAGAACUGAAAGCACUUCCAGAUUGGGGCAUAAGGGGUGUUGCAGGGAAUGGCACAGUUAAGUUGGAACCCUAAAUUAGAAGCCAGUACUCUGAACACAAUCUUUGAGAUGGCUGAGUUGGAAUAUUGGGCGUUGUGUUUUACACAAAGGAAGGUGAAAAGGAAAAGAACUUUGUUUCUCUUGUCUGAGGUAGCUUCCCCCCUCCCCCCCAUCCUUCCCCAUUACACUUUCGUAGCAAGUUCAGUAUAAAUCCUGGGAAACCUCCCAUGCACCUGGGGCAUUUGAGUAACAACACUUACAGUGAAUAGGAUUUGACCUGCUACCUGGAUUUCAAUGGAGAGAACGUGUCCUCCCAGUUUGUAGUGUGGUCCAAAGAUUUGAUCUUUGAUUCUAAUGACAUAAGAGAAUUUUUCUCCCCUGUGUCUGCAGCUGUUCUAUAUUUACAACAUGUUGAGCUAAAUCUAUUUCCAUUUAUGCAAAUGGCUGUAAUGCAUUUGCAAAGGUAUAAACUGAUGCAGAACUUGGCCCAAAGAUGUUAGCUCGCUUCUGAUAAAACAGGUAAAUUACAUUUACUAUAAACUACACAGGUGGCAGAUCUAAAGCAUGAAAGGAAUACUUCUAUAAUCUGUAGAGUUGUUCAAAGAUAACUAUUAACAAUAAGUUUGCCUAUUAUUCUACACAAAAGGAAAUUAUAUCCAGAGGUAUCAACCACCUAACCAGAUGCACAGCAAUGAAAUUGGCAUAAAGGGGUACACUUGGUUUUUAUGUGAACUGUUUUAGUGCUAGUUUUAUCUAAUCUGGAUUUGUAGCUAAAACAUCCCCACAGUGUAACCAGUGGCACUACCCUUACCAAUAACUGUGGGUAUAAUGUCCAUGAAUGUCUCUUUCUUUUUACAUAUCAAAAGCCAUAGAAGCAGACUUUACACCUUCUGGGCCCCUGCUGUAGACACAUAGCAGAGCAGAACAGCUAAAAGCCAACACAACCUGCUCCUGAGGUACAUUUCUCACCCGGAAUCCUUUUAAAUGGGAAGAUGUAUCCAGUGUUGAACAAGCUCCCAAAUAAAAGUGAUUCGAAACCACUUCCCAUUGUUAUAAUAGGGAAUGGUCCUUCAGGAAUUUGCCUUUCCUACCUGCUGUCUGGUUAUGUUCCUUAUAUCAAAAAGGGCUCCAUUCAUCCUCACCCUAUUCUACACAGGAAACUAGAGGAAACGCCAGAGGUCUCCAUUAUAGACCAGGAUCUGGAGUACCUGUCUGAAGGUUUGGAGGGACGAUCCCAGAGCCCUGUGGCUCUUCUUUUUGAUACUCUGCAGCGUCCAGAUACAGACUUUGGUGGAACUGUAGACUCUGUCCUCACUUGGUGGAAUGAGACCAACAGGGCCAUUCCCCAUCUGGUCCUUGGCAGAAACCCUCCUGGGGGCGCGUGGCAUUUUAUUGAGGGCUCUAUGAUUACUCUGAGCCAAGGGGAAUGGAUGGGGCUUCCAGACCUUCCAUUCAAAGACUGGCUGAGGAAAAAGAGAAGGGGCCUCAGGAAUAACAGAGCCACAGCAGAAGAUAUUGCUCAAUAUUAUCUACAUUAUGUGGCAAAGAAAGGACUACAGAAGAAUUUUAUCUGUGGGACUGUUGUGACAUCUGUGAGGAAAGUGAGCCCAGAGUCAAACUCCAGCUGUGCACAGCAGUAUCCUGAGAGGAACAAUGACUCCUUUUUCCCUGAAAAAGAGAAGGAAGAUGACCAGUUUGCUAGUGGAAAUCUCUUCCAAGUAGAUGGCUUUAUCAAAAAUAUGAGUGAUGGUCAGCAACCCUUCUCCAUCUAUGCAGAGAAUGUGGUUUUAGCCACAGGAACAUAUGAUAGUCCAACCAAGCUUAAGGUUCAUGGAGAAGACCUUCCUUUUGUCCACCACAAACUCUCUGCCCUUGAAGAAGCAGUGAAGAACAAGAGGAUUAGCAUGACAUCAGAUCCAAUCUUGAUUGUAGGUGCUGGGCUGACAGCUGCCGAUGCGAUUCUUUUCGCACAUCAUUUCAGCAUUCCAGUGAUCCAUGUUUUUCGUAGAAGGGUCAAUGAUCCCGGCCUCAUCUUCAAUCAGCUCCCCCAAAUGAUGUAUCCAGAGUACCACAAAGUCCACCAGAUGAUGAAAGAACAGUCAGUUGCUUGUGCUGGGCCAUACGAAUGUUACAUCAGCCUUCCUGAACAUCAUGUCCUGUCUUUCAGAGGGAAUAAGAAGUGUGUUGUUCAGGAUAAGAAUGGUCACCAGAAAGUCUUUAACAUUUCCCUGGCUUUUGUUCUCAUUGGCUCAAAUCCUAACCUCUCCUUCCUUCCAAACAAUGGCACUGAUUUGGCAAUUGACAAUGAGCAACCAGUCAACUCCAAAAGGAACCCCAUCAAUGUCAACCCAUUCACCUAUGAAUGUGUUCAGGAAAAAGGGCUUUAUGCAAUAGGGCCAUUAGCUGGGGAUAAUUUUGUGCGUUUUGUGCAGGGCGGGGCACUGGCUAUUGCCAGCUCUUUGUUAAAGAAAGCAAACAAAAACCCACCUUAACAAAUUGCCCUAAGCAAAACCAUUGCAACAGGUUAUUCCUGUCCUCUUUGCGAAGUAAGGCAUUUGACAUGGACAUUUUCCCUUGCGGUGGUCUCCAGGACUGACAGAGUCACCAAACUCAGUGGGUCAGUUUGGGAAAGGAGAAGUCAGCAAGUUCAUGGUUUGGGAUAAUCAACGUUGCCAACAUAUCUGCCUAGUUAAAAGGUUGAAUUUAAGUGCAACCAAGGGAAACAGGCCCAUCCCUGGGGAGAAGCCUCAUCGCUUGGAAUAGUGAGGGCAAAGCCGCAAUCAUUUCACUAUGUAAAUAUCUGGCAAGUGUUUGAAGAGAGUUCUCAUCCUUCAGCUAUAUUCCUGGUGGCCAUAUUGGCAUGCCUUUUGUUUGUGUAUCUUCUCCAAAUGUUACUCGAUAUAUAUUGCUAAUACUAUAGAACACAGAUAAGUUGUUGCUGUUGCAGGCAGUUUUGUGGCACAGCUGUAUGGGUUUUUUGUGAUGCAAACGUCCAUUGAAAGCUAUGCUGCAAAUGUCUCAUGCACCUAAUUUCUAAUUGCAGAAUGCUGGUUUGUUACAAAAGAAUGGUCUAAAGGACUGCUGAACAGUUAUCUUUUUUAGCAAGGCACAUCACCACCAUGCUCUAUAGGCAUAUAUAGAUACACAGGUGUGCUGUGUAGCUUAGGAUGCAGGACACCUGUGUUUCUGUCUUAGCAAGACUUCUUUUCCUUUUACUCAUCUUGAGUGCACACUCUUUAAAAGGCUAGAAAGCCGAAAGAUAACAGUGUUGCAUUCUUAGAGACCUCUUCAGGGAUACUAAAACCCAUUUAUAAAAAGGAAUUAUCAUUGGUUUGUGAGAAUUGAUUAAUAAUCUGCCCAUGUAUGAGGCUUCAAAUUCCUCCUGCUCAAUGGAAUUGAAUAUACUACUAUGGGAAGCUUUUCAUUACAUAUUGUAUGGAUUCCCAAUCUCACAUAGUAUUUAAGAAAACUUGCUCUGUAAAUCAGAAAAGGCAUUCCACUAAUUGUUCUUGAAAGAGAAAGAAAAUGUUUACGAUAGAUUUCUAGAUCACUGUGGAACAAGAGCUGUUAUCAUUUAACUAAUAGCCCUGAUCCUGUAAGACCCCUGUAUGGACUUUAAAGGGAGAGAGAUUACAGGGUCAGGAUUGAUUGUGUUUUCCAUAUAAGGCUUGACUGUGCUUUGCUUAGUGGGGCAAAACUUCAUUGACACAGCACAAUGUGCAGAAUGAGGCCCAAAGAGGCCACUUUACUGUAAUUGCAAGUUGAUGUGCACAGUCCUUUCAUAUAUACCAGGAAUAAGCUGUUGCUUCAUUAAAUGCACAUAAUACCAGCAAAUCUCUCAGAGAAGUAACACACACAGAGUAAAUGUUAGUUUGUAAAUGCCUGGUCCCAGAAGUUGUUAAUUGAGGAAGGUGUAAAGAACACACCUAUCUGGCUUUUUGUGUUGCUGCUGUCUCUUGGCAAUGUUGUACAGCACUCUGGAAACUAUUUUUGUAUUUUCUAAGUUAGCUAUAUUAAUUUUGGAUAUGGAAUAUGUUUAAAUAAAGUAUUUUCAAACUUACACCAA